GUCACCUGAAGUUUUUUUAUAACCACAAAACGACUAAAUAGCAGUUUCAACUUUCAGAGGUUGUCAGAACUUCUCUUUAUUUUAUUUUCUUAUAAUUAGAACCUUAAUUUGUUCUUUCAAUCAGAAGUUAUUUUAUUUCAUCAUCCAACAUGGCAACAGCUGUACCGUCAAUUAUCGCUUCCACUGUUCCCACUCACUUCAUUAAUUGCCCGCCCACGUCCCCAACUGCCUAACACACAAUCAAAACAAUUUUCACUCAACCCCAAAUAAAGCAACGCCUGAAUUAUUUAAAUAAAUUUUCAUUUCUCCCUUUUUAAUUCACCAUUAGGGAAGUACAACUUUGAAGAUUGCAGCAAAGAGAAAGAAACGGUAUAAUGGCGGAUGUGGAGAGACAAGAGAAGGUUGGUGAAGAAGGGGAGAGAUUGCUCGAAGGGAUGGCUGUGGUAAAUUUUGAGCUGCUGUGUUCCACUGUGGCCUUGCAGACGCAAGGUAAAUUCAAUACACAACCGAACGAGGAGGUUGAAAUGGACGCCGAUGGAGAUGAAUUUGGCGCCGUUUUAAGGAUGUGGGAAGGUGAAGUCCUUGAUUGCUUCGAUGACCGUCGCAUCGCUCUUGAAUCCGCUUGUUGUCCCUGUUACCGAUUUGGGAAGAACAUGGGACGGGCUGGUUUUGGUUCUUGUUUUAUUCAGGCAAGUGUGUAUUUGUUUCUUGCUAUUGGUGGCCUUGCGAAUUUCAUUGCCUUUAUUGUCACCAAGAGCCAUUGCUUUUUGUAUUUGGCCAUGGCUUUUGCCAUUUCAAUAGGAGGCUACUUGGGGUUUUACCGAACGCAAAUAAAAAGAAAAUUUAACAUUCUGGGUUGUGAUAGUUCAAUGGAUGACUGCGUCUACCAUGUUAUCUGUCCCUGUUGUACAUUAAGCCAGGAAGCCAGAACUUUGGAAAUGAACAAUGUCCAAGAUGGCACUUGGCAUGGCCGGGGUGAUACAAUAUGCAUAGGAAGCUAUAGUGAAGGGAGCAGAGCCUUCUUUGAGCUACACCCACCUCCUGUCUCAACCAAGUGUCCUGAUCCCUGCAGCAUGCAGAAGAGUGCAGAUGUUGUGAUCACUCUUGAGCCUGGGAAGCUGUGAAAUCAGAGCUAUUGAUCCAUUCUUCCCUGUGCGCUGCUUUUAGAAAGUAUCGACUCUGCUUACUUCCUGUCCAAUUUCUUGCUCUAGGGAGCAGUAUCACGGUUGCUGCAUUGAGGAUCUACAUUUGGAAGUAGUAGUGGCAACGCCAGGAAGUAUAUAGCGUUUGCUGCCUGAUUUGUACCCUUGCAUCCAAAUCGAUGGGGAUGCUGACCUUUUCAAACUCGUGAUGAAGAUGUUUCGAGUCCGUGUACAUAGUAGACAAGUUGUUUUUAUUCUUGUGGUUUUUUUUUUACCACCCCGUUUCUCCUUAUAUCCUUUAAUUGUUUUAUUGCCAAAUGAUGGAAACAAAGUCAUUAUUUUCUGUUCGUCUAAAAGAAUUUGCUGUUAUGAACCAUCAUCAUACUUGAUUUGGGAUUGAA